AUGGAGAGGUUACAAAGACUUAUGAUGAACAGCAAAGCCGGUAUGGUUGACGCCAACCGUGAUGACACGAAGGAAACAGUAUACAUUUCAUCAAUAGCGUUGCUGAAGAUGCUAAAGCAUGGCAGAGCAGGUGUGCCGAUGGAGGUGAUGGGUUUGAUGUUGGGUGAAUUUGUGGAUGACUAUACUGUGAAUGUUGUGGAUGUAUUUGCUAUGCCGCAGUCUGGUACCGGCGUUUCUGUGGAGGCAGUCGAUGAUGUUUUCCAGGCUAAGAUGAUGGAUAUGCUAAAGCAAACAGGAAGAGAUCAAAUGGUUGUAGGAUGGUACCAUUCUCACCCAGGCUUUGGUUGUUGGUUGUCAUCCGUGGAUGUCAAUACCCAAAAAUCCUUUGAGCAGCUUAAUAAUAGGGCUGUAGCGGUAGUUGUGGAUCCAAUUCAAUCUGUGAAGGGUAAAGUCGUCAUUGAUGCUUUCAGAUUGAUUGAUACCGGGGCUUUGAUAAAUAACCAGGAGCCCAGACAAACAACAUCCAACGCUGGACUUCUGAACAAGGCCAAUAUUCAAGCAUUGAUACAUGGAUUAAACAGACACUACUAUUCUCUAAACAUAGAUUAUCGCAAGACCCCGACUGAAACAAAUAUGCUUAUGAACCUCCACAAAGAGCAAUGGCAAUCAGGGUUGAAAAUGUAUGACUACAAGGAGAAAGAGCAUGAGAAUUUGGAAGCUACUCAAAAAUUAGUCAAAAUUGCUGAGCAAUACUCCAAGAGGGUCGAAGAGGAAAAGGAAUUUAGCGAGAAGGAGCUGAAAACGCGUUAUGUAGGCAAGCAAGACCCUAAGAAACACCUAGCUGAAACGUCUGAUGCGGUCCUCGAGAACAACAUUGUAUCUCUGCUAACGGCAAGUGUAAAUUCCGUGGCGAUUAAAUAG